AUGGCGGACAACACCCGCAGCCACACCCUCUCUCGCCUCGAAGAAGCUGUCACCCUCCUCACUCAGAACCAAAAUACCUUCACCGCCACUCAAAACUCCCUUCAUUCCCGUCUCGACGAGGCUCUUGAACUCCGUUUUGCACCCACCCUCUAUGAUGAUCCUCGCGCCGCAUUGUUUAAGCUUUCCCAGCAGGGGUCCGUCUCCAGCUACCUCGUCGAGUUUGAGUCUCUUGCUAACAGGAUCGUGGGCCUACCAACCCCUUUCCUCCUGAGCUGUUUCAUUUCGGGACUACAACCCGACAUCUGGCGCGAGGUCUUGGCCUUACAACCCCUGUCCCUCGUUCAGGUGGUGGCGCUAGCCUGCCUCCAUGAGGACAAACUAUGUGACGCUCGCCGAUCCUCUCGCCCCAAGCCACCUUCCCUUUCCUUACCCCCUACCCCACAACCACUCACCACCAUACACUCCCCUCCCUUGUUACCUUCUCCACCAAAACCCACCUACAAACGCCUCACUCAGGCCGAGAUGGCGUCCCACCGCGAACGUGGUUUGUGCUACCACUACGACGAGCGCUACGGUCCAAAUCAUCGCUGUCGGGCUAAGUUCUUCCUCCUCAUUGCUCCUGAGGACGACGACGAACCCUUACCCCCUGAAUCCCCUGACAUACUUGAACCCAACCCAACUCCCCCACCACCGCCUGACCCCGACUCCGCCCAAUUCACCCUUUACGCUUUGUCUGGCCACCCCACCUCAGCCACCCUUCGAGUCAUAGGUACCAUCAAAGGCCACGAUACUGCCAUCCUCAUGGACGGAGGCAGUACACACAACUUCAUCCACAACCUCCUGGCUCACUUCCUUAAUCUCACCCCACAGACCAUCCCUGCUUUGCCCGUCAUGGUUGGUAACGACACCGAAAUCCAGUGCGACAAGGUCUGUUGCAAUGUCGUCGUUUCCAUUCAGGGUUGCAAAUUUACCUUAGACCUGCAUGUAAUGGUGUUGGGCGGAACCGAUAUCGUCCUUGGUGUGGCCUGGCUCAAACUCUUGGGCCCAGUCACCACGGACUAUUCGCACCUCACAAUGACUUUUCACCACCAGGGCGAGCCCAUUACAAUUCAGGGAGGCAUUGACUCAGGCCCAACUGAAAUCCACCACGGCCAAGUCAGGUGCCUCAUCAACACGAACCGGGUUGCAGCCUUAUUCCACAUCCAACUCCAUAACCACGACCCACCAUCCCCCAACUUACCUUCCACACCCCCUUCCCUUCGUUCCCUCCUUACCAAAUACGUCAGCCUUUUUCAAACUCUGACAAUCCUCCCUCCUCCCCGACCAACCGACCACUCCAUCCACCUCGAGCCCAAUUUGAAACCAGUCAACGUCCGCCCCUAUAGAUACCCCUAUUAUCAGAAGCGCGAGAUUGAACGGCAAGUCGACGACAUGCUUUGUCGUCAACUCAUACGCCCCAGUCGUAGCCCGUAUUCUAGCCCGGUGCUCCUUGUUAAGAAAAAGGACGGGACGUGGCGAUUCUGUGUGGAUUAUCGCGCACUGAACUCAAUCACGGUCAAGGAUAGAUUCCCACUACCAACCAUAGACGAGCUCCUUGAUGAUUUGGGCAAUUCCUCUUGGUUCUUGAAAAUGGACCUCGCACAGGGCUUCCAUCAGAUUCGCAUGGAGGAGCACGACAUUUCCAAGACCGCUUUCAGAACACACCAGGGCCACUACGAAUACAUCGUGAUGCCAUUUGGCCUUUGCAAUGCGCCAUCCAUUUUCCAGGCCACAAUGAAUGAGCUCUUUCGUCCAUUCAUACGCAAAUUCGUGCUUGUCUUCUUCGAUGACAUACUGGUUUACAGUCAUGAUUUCCAGGCCCACAUCAAUCAUCUGGAAUGCGUUUUCAAGACCUUGCAACAUGGACAAUUCCAUUUGAAACCUUCCAAAUGCAUUUUCGGCCAAAGGCGCAUUGAGUACCUCGGCCAUUUUGUCUCUUCACAAGGAGUGGAACCCGACCCAUCUAAGAUUAACGCUAUGUUACAAUGGCCUCCUCCAUCUACACCCAAAUAG